AUGCUGGAGGCAGCACUUGAUCAUGAUCUGGACAUUUCAGGGAAGGUGGCGGAUCUGCAGUCUCCAGAUGCAGCUCGCAACCGCCGUGGAGGUAUGACCUCACAUACUUAUUUCAGCCACAGAGUGCAGACAUCAAAGAGGUGCAGACUGUGAUCCUGCACAUGAGGGUUUUCCUCCAGGGUGUUAUUAAAGUUUUCCACUUGUUUAAACAUGACUCAUAUUCUGUAAAAUGGUGAAAAAUUAGGGAAAAAAACACAUCAUAGACUCAUGUAAGACAGUCUACGGCAUUUAGAGAGGGGAUAGGUGCAGAGAAAGAGACAGGCAGAGGUGAGAGUGAUGCACAGAAAGGUCCUGAAAUAGGGUGACCCGAUUCUGACUUCCCCAAAAAGAGGACAUGACUACGCGGGGGCAGAGUCAUGGAGUUGCACAAAGUUAAUUUUAAGAGUUUCUCGGGUCGAAUCAAGUGUCUUUUACGCGUUUCUAAGUCCAAGUGACACAAAAUUGCGGACAUUUGAAGGAUUUUAUAAACUUCCCUGGACAAAGCCUGAACAGCCUGGACAGGCCCCCAAAAAGAGGACAUGUCCGGGUAGAAGAGGACGUAUGGUCACCCUACCAGAACAGCAAAAAUCUGCAGCAGCAGUCAAGAGAAACAUACGGCAUGAUGGAUCUCAGGGACUCCCAGAAAAGACUCAAAGGGGACAUAAUGAUUCAAAGUCAACAGGUGACUUUACCAAGACUAGUUCAUGUGUCUCUUGAAGGGUGACCAUAUUCUGACCUCCAUAAAAAAGGACAUGACUACGCGGGGGCGAAGUCACAGAGUCACACAAAGUUUUAUAGGUCAGAUUGAGUGUCUUUUACGAGUUUCUAACUCAGUGAGUCCAUGUGACACAAAAUCGAAACUUACAUGCAAAACCUCAGACAUUUGAAGGAUUUUAUAAACUUCCUCGGACAAAGCCAGACAAACUCGGAGGACAUGUCCGGGUGGGGGAGGACGUAUGGCCACCCUGCCAGAACAGCAAAUGUCUGCAGCAGCGAUCUCGAGGAAUCUACGGCGUGAUGGAUCUCAGGGACAAGAGAAGACUGUAAGGAGACAUGAUGAUUCAAAAGUCUCAUUAUGACCCAUCCAGGUUAAUAAGUGACUUUACCAAGACUAGCUCAUGUGUCUCUUGGAUGGUCUUUGUUUCCAGGUUGGGAAGUUGUUAACCCACUUGGCUGCUAAAUGACUGGCAGCAGAGACGUCCCAAGCCUCAAUGGGGCCCCAAGCAAAAUUUGAUGUAUUAUUUUUUUGAUUGCUCAUGGGCGCCCCCUACUGGCCACCGGGCCCCAAGAAGGCGCUUAAGCUACGUUCACCCUGCAGGUUUUGAUGCACAAUUCAGAUUUUUUGUUAAAUCCGAUCUAUUUGUGCCGUCGUUCACAUUACAACAACAAAUGCGGCAUCUAAAGUGAACGGAAUGCGUCCGUAAAGUGACCCGCAUGCGCAAAAAGCACAAAUUGCUUUCUGCGCCUGUUUGUGUUGUCGAACAAUGGUGAUGUUUGUCGCAUAUUGAUAACGUAUAGGUCGGAUGAACACGACGAUACACAUCCGAUUUAUAUCCACAUACAAAGGAGGCCUGGGUCAGAUUUGAAAAAAUGAGAAUUGCACUGUUCACACUUACAUGAAAAAAUCAGAUAUGUGUCACAUACGGUUAAAAAAUCGGAAUUGACCUGCAGUGUGAACAUAGCCUUAGUUCACUUAUGCCUUGGGCCUGUGUGAUUGUAUGAUUUAAAAGAAGUUGAAAACAACGCACUAUGCUUCCUAGCUUAGCUCUGAAGUAGGGUGACCAUAUUCUGAAUCCUCACAUCCCCCGAAAAGGAGGACAUGUUUGGGUAAAAGAGGACAUUUGGUCACCCUUUUUGAAACCUUAAGCUGCACAGCUUCAGUCACACUUAGAGAUGAAUUAUGGGAAAAAAAAUCCCCUCAUUUGCACAUUUCGUCUCUGUGCAACUGAAGGCAAAAGAUAAAUUUGUCAGAGAGUAGAUGAGUCUGCUGGCUUGGGUCUGACUCCUUAUCUGGAAUUUUUGCUCAUAAUUUAUUCAACGGAUUAUCUUUAAGUCAUGAGGUUUUGUUUUUACUCAGAAUCUCCAUAACAGUCGAUUUCACACUUAUCUUGCUCUUUUAAAUUCUUUCUCAAGAGAAAGCAGAAGUGUGGUUACGCGGCAAACUGGCUGAUUUACACACUUUGAUCUCCAACACUUGAUCUUUAACUUUCCAGUAAAUGUUGAAGUGCCGUUUGCUUAGCAACCACAUGUAGCGUAACGCCGCCCGUGGUGGAAAAUAAUGACACCCUGGACAUCCUGGUGACGCUUGUGACAUUUGCGUCUUUCUUUAGUAUCUUCCUCAAUGCCGUGACUGUGCACUGAAACUGACCGAAUCACACAGUAUUUCCCAUGUGCGUGCAUUUCCCCCCUUUCCUUCUUCACAAGUCGGCACCAAAUGACAAAACAGUCAUUGUGUCAGCUCCGUGUUAUUUGGAAAGAAAGGGUUUUGAAAUUCUCGUUGAGGUCUGUCUGGGUUCAGUCCCUCUCAGUUAUAGCCCCUGAAGCUCCCAGCUCACUGUCACAUGGUUAAAAUGUUGCUAAGUGACCCACAUGCCCUUCUGGUUGCAGCCUUUCACAGCAACACUACAUGUCUAUUAUUGUCUCAUUAGCUUCUGCCAGGAAAAUGGAAGUGUAUGAAAACAGCUUCUGGAAAUGAAUACAGUUUAUCUCACUUCUCCUCCUCUUGUUAACCUUGAGAGGAGCAGAGCUGGCACCGGCCCCGUCAAUGGGCCACAGUGUGGAGCUGUGUAAAUAUUGGAACAAUGCCCGGAGUUGAAGAGUUUGCUGGUCAUAUUGCUGGCAGGGCCAACGCUCAACAAUGCCAGAAAGUGCGUCAUAAAAUCAGGAGUCGAUAAUAAAUUCAGAGUGGAUUCUUGGCAACGUGAUAGUAUACUGAUAAACUGAUGAAGUCCACAGCUGUUAUGAGAUGGACCAAGACAUAGUCCAGGGAAGGAAAACUAAUGCCAACGUUGGACAGAAACUUGGAAUAUUUUUCCAGGUUUAGUACUCAAGAAUUUUUUUGUGCAAAUUCUUCAACAUUUUGGAUAAAAAUGUACUUUUUCUUCAUGAUAGUGAUGAGACAGGAAGAUUUUACCAAAUUUCACAUAAAUUUGGACACGGAAAAAGUUCAUAAUUGCAAAUUUUACCUCCUCUUACCACUUCAAAUAAGCUCCACACUGACUGUUUGCAGCAAUAAUUACUUAAAAUAAAAUACAGAACUAUUUUGUAAAUCCUGCAUAAAAACUUCUUCCUGUUUUAAAGCAGUCUUCAGUCAGAAAAUUGGUCAUCCUUACCCUGGCAGCAAAUUCAGAGAAGACACAAAGUCCGUUACAAAUGAGUGACGGCUCUUCGUGAUCGAUGCAUAAAAUCAACAAUCAGACGAUUUCCUGUCUCGCAAAUCCUCCGAAUCGAGCAGUUAGAGACAGAAAGCAUGACACCAGCAUCACACAAGGAUGUGUUCACAUUUACACUCUUAUCACACCAUAAAUUAAAAUUAAAAAAUCACAUUUUUUAUUAAUAUUUCAGUUUAACGAAUCAGCACACAAAAAUGCAAACCUCUGCUUUCAAAACUAGACUUGAAACGAAGAAAACCCUCCAACUUUAAGAAUUAAAUUAUCUCCUCUGACUUUGCGUUUUAAAGCUCCAGUGAGCAUGCAGAGGAUAAGACAGGCAAAAUUGUAGAGGGGGAGAAGAAACUCCUUCACACCUCCGUCUCGAAGCUGAGCUGCUUUUGACGCAAGUAGACAGAAGUUUGCAGGAUCGAAAUGGGUGUGUGUGCAUUUCUUAUCAAAGUCACACUCUUACUUAUGCAAUGUGCAGCAUAUCUACAUAUGUGGUAAGACUGCAGCCAAAUAUCAAGUCUAACAGUACAUCUCUUUAUAUGCAUGCUUCACAAAUAUGAUCCAGAUUCUGAAACUGAAAAAACUCUCUCGACUAGUUUUGAUACUUUGAAAACUAAAAACGUUCUCUCUUUCACUUUUACUGGCGAAACUAGGUUAUAACUAGGUUAUAUAAAUAAAGUAAAAAAGGUUGUUUACUUAUCAGAGGAACAAUUGUAACUGUGGGUAGUUUGUGGAUGUGAAACGCACAACUUAAUAGCUGUGUGUUCUGCUUUUAGCUCUUCCCAGAAGCCAGCUGUGUGACAGUCACGGUACUCUGGGCUAUAAAUAGACUCUGUGCCAUGAGUUAAGCGCGGUAUGUCCCCUGCAUGUUCGGCUACAUUUACUGCCAACUUUCACUUCUUUUAGGCCCUUACAUGGAACAGCAGAUAUCGUAAGUGACCAACUCAUCAAAUAAAGACGAAAAAAAAAAAAGUUUCCCUUUUUGCAGAAGGGUAGAGGCCAUCUUUAUAUAUCCUGCAGAUCAAAAUAUGCACAUCAAGUACCAAGCAUGAUUAUAAAGGCGCUCCAGGUGAGGGGGUUCCCAAACUUUUUAGACUGGUAAACCCCCACUCUCCUAUGCUGUGGGAAUAUGUUCCUCACAGGGGCUCACAAAUCAAUCAAAAAACAGACAUUUUUCACACACACACAAAGACAAAAAAGUUUUGUUUUGCAGUAAAGUAAAGGUGAAGUCAGCAUUUAGCAGAACAGACUUGGUAGAUGUGGAAAUUUGUGCAACAAAUUUGUGGCUUUUGCACAAACUGCACUUGUUAAAAGAAGAAGAAUUUGUACACAUUUUUUAUUAUAGUGAAAAGAAUCGUACUGAUUAGCUUCUUGACCUCAAAAGGCCACCAUCACUUCAGCAAUGGAGGGUUGAGUAAAGGGGCUUUUUCGUCCAGAAUCUGGGCACUGCUAGAUAUUCUCAUUUCUACGUACUGUACCUUUAAAAGCACUGUGAGUGAUAGGCAGAAAUACUACAUGCACAUUUUUGACAUGUUCAUGAUAUUUUCUAAAAUUAGAAGUCACGUCUGAAGUAUGUAAAGGACUACAAAUGCAAAGACAGCUUUGUCCACAGGGGGCGCCAAAGCUGGCACAAAAGUGACACAGGACCAUUAUGGAUUCAAAGACUUUUUAGCCUAAUUACAGACAUUUAAUCAACACAAAAGACCAUAUUAAUGACACAAACGUUAUCUUAUUUUAUAGUCAUUUUAAAAGAGUAAGAGGCAGAAUAAAAGCAGCUUAUGUGUCGAAGGUGUUGCUGCUGUUAGACACACAGCUUUAAAAAGCAGUGAGCGCGCAUAUGUGUGUCAGUUUCAUGUUGGUUUAAAGCCUAAUAUACUUAAACUGACCCACUUUAUCUCCAUGCUGUAAAUUCACCUGCUGCAACUGACUCUUUUUUUAUCAAUCCGGCAUAAACAGAUCUGGGUUUAUGUGUCCAUAAAAGAGCAGGAAGCUGAUUUUUUAUUUGCAUGGCUUUAUUCAGAAAUUAUCUUAUAUUCUUGUUCAGACUUCUCCUUGCCCCAUUAUUAGCAGCACAGCUCCUUGUAAUUUCCUCAUUAUCAAAAGCAACGUUAACGUGAAUCACAAGUUUCCUUUGUAUUUCUUUUUAAAGAUUUGAAUUCUGUGCAGCUGCCAACAGAUCUCAUGUGUCAUAGCGACUUCCUUUUAAAGGGCGAAAGAGAAAUAAAAGAAUAACAGAGGUGCUUCCCUGUGUGUUUACAGUAAUGCUCUGCGGUGUGAUUGCGCCAUCAAAAAUGACACUCAUGAACAAAGCGUGCUUCAGAUCAUCCUGCCUGUCACUUUACAUACCAGUGAAUGCUCAUCUGAAAGGUUUCCAAGUAACACAAAUUACAUGAAGAUUAAAAAUGAGGGCAGAGUUUUGGCUUCAUGACUGUUUUUCUGGAGAAUUAGUUGUGAAAGACGGAGUUGCCUCUCAAGAUUUUUGUGGCUUCAUUCUUUCUGUGGCGGUCACUCAUGAGUCUGCGCUGACAAAGAACGGCAUUGACAGCAGCACACAAAGGGAGCGAUGAGAGGGUUACCAGGAAAUUAUUAGUGGGGAUGAUUGGUAAUCGCAUGGAUCAGAUCUUGCUCAAGCAAUGAGGAUAUUUUACAGUAACACCGCUGUGAAGCUGUGGAGGUGGACUGACGGUGUUGAAAAAGAGGACACAUGCAGGUAGAGGCAGGAAGUGAAACUAAAAGAUAAUGAUAGAGAGCUAACAGGAAUUAGAUCGACUGAUAUACCAGGAACCUCCCAGCGUAUAUCAGAUCCUCAGCAGUGACAGUUCCACUGUGACUUACUGGAUUGAAGUCUGUGGCAGGAACAAACAGAGUUUCCUCUCACCAGCAUCAUUGUUCAAAAGCUUCUGUAGGAUUUAAUCAACUUCAGGAAACACUUUUUAACAUUUCUUCUGUAAAACACUCACGCCUGCUUCAUGUUGGUACAACUUGAAUUCACGCCCUACUGUAUUCAGCUGUGCAAACAAUAAGCGGUGCCUUUGUACCACAAAUAAUUCACAUAAAACUGGCAAAACACCUCGCUUUUCAAAAGAUCUCCCAGUGCGGUGAAAUCCCGCUAAACCGAGCAGCUAAAAAAUAUUUUGUUGAAUAACAUUUUUCUGCUUUUCACCCCUCUUUUCCACUCGAGAGGUCGGCCUGUUUCCCCCUCAUGCCCAGCGGGUUUACGGGAACCAUGAGCUAGAGUAAAUCUCUGAGUCAGUGUGGGAAAACCUAAACAGCCGCCUUUUCCACUAAACAGUGGUUUAGACCGAGAGUCUAUCAUGCAAGACCUCAUCUCAUCCACUUCAGAGUAGGAUAAAUUCAUUUUUCUUUCCGUCUCAUUGAAACUCAAUGACUUUUUGGAGAAUUAACAUGGUAGUUAAAGGGGAUAAAAACACAUUAGGAAAAUAGGCGAUAUAUUUUUAAGGUUUUUCAAAUUCAUAUCCCGUCAAACUGCUGGAAAUAACAGACAGAAAUACACACACACUCCCUCAUUGCCAAGCCUCACACCAUGACUUUCCAGAGGCCCCUGAUGUUUGCCCGCUGACCCGCAGCGUGUUAAAACAACAGAGCAGAGAGCUCUCUCAGCUCCAGGUCACUUAGUUCGUCAGCCGCCUCGCCUCCCAAACCACCUGAGGGUUGACCUUUGGUUAAGUCUAAACGCUCUUGAGUUUGUUUAUCAUUUUUUCACGGGUCUUGACGUCUGUAAAGCACUGUUAUUCUUGACAUCUAUCUCCUCGCUGUACUUAUAAGUCUUCCUCUCUUCCACUCUUCAUGUUAAAAUGUCAUUGACUUUGUUGUGAUCGUAAACAAGUGUUUUCUUCCCUGUUUCGAUGGUUCCUGUAAAUCACUGUGGUGGACUGACCUUCUUGGCCUCGGCUACUCUCAUAAUCUCCCAUGUAUGAUCUUUAUGCUCGGAAUUAAUAACGUACAACCUGUGGAGGAAUACCUUUAUCAUUAUUACUUUCUGUUAAGUCCAUUUACUGGCAUCCCUCGAUUAAACAAUCAAAUGAUUAAUAAUUUACCUAUUUUUGCUGCUGUGGUUGUAAAUUGGACUUCUGCUUAUAAAUACAACAAAUUGUGUCUUAUCACAAUGUAUUGUGUAACAUCAUAUUGUACGGUAUCAAAUCAUGUCUUAUCGUACUGUUUCAUAUUGUGUUGUGAGUUAUGGUAUCUUUGUUUCAUCACAUCAUAUCAAAUUAUAUUACUGUAUUGUAUUUUAUCUCACUUUUUCAUAUCACAUCAGAUAAUAUUGUUUUGUUUUAUUUUUAUCUAACCUUUAUUUAACCAGGUAAGAAAACCGCUUGAGAUUGAGGUCUCUGUUUACAAGGGUGACCUGGCAAAGAGGUCAGCAGCACACGUUACAACAACAACAACAAUAAUAAUAAUAAUAAUAAUAAUAAUAAUAAUAAUACAAUUCAAAAUAAGUAAACACAAACAGUAAGAUGAUUAGGGCCACAUGAAGAGAAAAAAAAUAAUAACAGAAAAGAGAUUAAAGUCGAAAUUUAAAGAUUAAAGUCAAAAUUUGUAGAUUAAAAAAAAAAAAGUCAAUUAUGUCGAAAUCUUGACAUUAAAAAAAAUUAAAAAUUUGAGAUUAUAGUCAUAUUUCGACUCAAUUCACGUAGUUUGAAUAUUUUUAAUUUUGACUAUUUUAAAUUUUGACUUAAAUCUCGAAAUUUCAUCUUUUAUCCCGAAAAAAAAAAAAAAUCUCCCUCCUUUAAUCAUUAUUUUCUCUCCUUGUGGCACUAAUCCUUUUUCAUGUAAGAAAACACAUUGUUACAUAUAAUAAUGUAUUAAAUUUAAUUAGUAUAUUAUCUUGUAUUGUACUGUGAUGUAUUGUAGCCUGUUUUACUGUUCCGUAUCAAAUUGCAUGGCACUGUAACAAACUUUAUUGCUUCAUAUCACAUUGCAUAGUCUCAUAUCCUAUUGCAUUAGACUGUGAAACUGCACAUCCUUAAAUAAAGAGCUGAAUCAUACUGUAUUAAUUUGUAGUAUAUUAUAUUGUACCAAACUGAAUCAUAUUUUAUCGUAUCCGGUAAAAAGAUAUCAAAAGGAAAUCAAAAUAAAACAUUUUUAGGAUGAGCCAAAUCUGAUUAAUGUGGGGCACUGGUUUAGUUCACAUAGUAGAGCAGACUGAGGAUAUAGUUCUCGACCAGACGACUCCUGGUCCCAGCCGUUUAAUGCAAAAAAAAGAAAGAAUAACUUUAAUUGAUUGAUUUUGGGAUGGUUACUGCGCACACUUUGAAAAGCAAAGUCAGCACGGCGUUAUGAAAGGCAUAGAGUUUCCAUGGUGAGCCAAAGCACAUUACAGUGGGGGUUUCUCUUUCCCAAAACCGAGCCAGCUGACUGCUCCGUUUCUCCUCCACUGGCUUCCAUAGAGGUCCCAGUGGGGGACUUUGGAUGCUAAGUAGAUGCUUCAUGAUGAUGACACAAUAGAUUUUCUGGAAACAAGCGAACUGUUACGAGGCUAUCCUCGUUUCCCUUCCCCCUUCCUCAUCCUGCUGCUGCUGGUGCUGGUGGUCUGAUUCAGACAACACCUGACUCACCUCUGUGGACACAGCUGGCUUUUACCAAAGACCAUCAGGCUCAUUGGCGUCAGUUCGUUACCCACAAGCCCCUCCCUUUGUACAGUCCCGGCAGAGCUUUGGUAAAACUCGCACCAAACCAGAUGCUGUAUUUCUUUACUCUAAAGUUUCAGAGCCUUUUACGACCUCUGUUUGAGUUAUUCUUGACUGACUCGGUUCAACGUCUGACAUGACGCCACAUCCUGGAGUUAAACCGACGUACAAUGAACACCUGAGGCUGAUGGGGGUCAUAGCUGAGUCAGCUGGGAGGGAGCUGAUGUGUUGAGAAUGAGCACUCUAUCAGUCACACGCAUGUUGCCAAAGAUUAGGCCGACGUUACAUGAGGAUCUGAAGUCAUGCUUCCCUUUGCUGAGAUACAAGCUGUUAGACAGUGAUGAUAAAGAAGAAGUGUUACAGUAAAGGUGAAGUCAGACGGGUUGAGGGUGGGUGGGAGGAACAGCGAAAUAUUUCCCAAAUGUCAUGUAAAUUCUGAAUUAAACUAAUCUAAAACAGUGAGUGGGUGAGAGUCAACUUUUUGGUACUUUUUUUUGGCAUUUUAUUGAAUUUUACUGAAUUUCAAAAGCCGUAUGAUGAUUGUCCUUUGUUAGCGCUCCAUAAAUAGUUCAUAUCUUUUUUAUUUGAAGUGAUAAAGAUUGUGUUGUUGUCAUUUUACUGUAAAAACUUUAGGCACAGGCUGUACUUUAAACACAGAGCUUAGAUUGAAGAUAAACAUGUGUGCUUUGUAAGGAGUUUUUCCCCCCUAAGCUCUUCUUCCAGUGUUGCAACAGUAUGUUCGGUUUCUUAUAAGCCCAUCUUGGCUUGUGCAAGACACAAAAAUAACAUAAGAUAUGACAUAAUGGAAAAAGUACAAUGUAAAAUAUGAAAAAACAUAUUUCUUAUAUCUAAGAGGGAGCCCUCACCUCGUUUAGUUUGGGUCUCCAAAGGAAAGCACCACAUAUUUCAUGAAAUACGUUCAUUAACACUGCUGGGAAAACAUAUAAAAUUUCACAACAGCGAGUAAAUACAGAGUGGCUGCCAUUGGUUACCGGCUGCUGCUGCUGCUGCUGCUGCUAUUGGGAAAUCAGCUCUCAUUAUGUGCUCUGGUAGUUCCCUAAACAUGGCGCCCUCUAUGGGGAAGUGCAGCUCGGCUUGUGAGCAACCAUCAGAGAGAAUUUCUCAGAAACUGACUACCAAGAAAGUCUGAAUCAUUACCUCACUCUUUACGCUAAAGAGGAACUUAAUGAAAGAAAGCAAACGCAACUGCGUUUCAAAAUCUCACCAUAGAGAUGCGGCUCUGUGUGUUUUCACAAUAAAAGUCUGAAAGAUGUGGGAUUCAAGGUGCUAAAACUCCUUUUUGGUUGCUAGAUGUAAAUACAGCCCUGCUUGGAACUCCUCCUUAACUUCGUUUUAGGGGACAGGAGAGGGAGGGAGAAGGGGGGAGGGCGCUUCAUAGCAGGAAUCCUGCAAAAAAAAUAAAUAACUCCGCUUCCUGACAAUGUGCCAAGAGAACAGAUCUUUCCUGGAAGCAAGGGGCGGAGCUUAUCCUCUCAUGUUAUAAGCCCUCCUCCAACUCCUACUAAUACGCAGCUCAGCGAGACCACAGUGUUCAAGCUGUUCUCGAGCAAGAAGAAAAAAAACUACUUUAUAAAGUCUCAAGUUUGUUUCCAAAGAGCUUCAAAUCUGUCAGACCACUGCAGGAUAACUGUGAACAAGCAGCUGCUUGGAUUAAUUUUACAAGAGUGCAUUUGGAGAAGCGUAAAAGGUGAGGACAUGUCACUUUUUUUCCACGUUUUUUUUUUGGUUUUCUUGUAAAUGUUUAAAGGUUUUUAUCUAAAAUGUUAAGAGUGUUAAUGAAAGUGUCGUAGUUUGUUCAGUGAAGCCGGUCCCGGCGCGUAAAUUACGCAAUCAGGAGGAUUAUGAGGUCCUUACUGGAACUGACCGGGCUGCCGAGACCAGAGGGCAGAUUACUCAAAAAGUUUCCCUGAAAUAACCGAAAGUUUAGAUAAAGGAUUAAAGUUUAACUAUGUGGAAAUCUUUUAUUCAGGGGAGGUGAAUUAAACAGAUUAGUAUUUAGUUUGUCUUUAGAUGUUUAAAAAAAAGAGCACAGAGGCAAAUUUCCUCAUCAUCACCAGAGGAUGCAAAGAGCUUCUUUUACAUCUGGAAAAAUGAUUUCAAACAGAGCUGUUAGCCUUCCAUUUAACAGCUAGAGGAUUGUUUUGACAUUAGUUGUAAAGUAGAGCUUCCAGGUAAUUUCCUUUUUAUCACCAGAGGUUUUUUGAACAGAUGCACAAAGCUUCUACAUCUGGAAAAAGAGUUUCCAACAGAGCUGAACGCUUUUAAGGAUAUUAGCUCAGUGUGACUGAGACAGAUGUGUUAUUACUGUAUUUAAAACUCACUUGAAUCUCUUCUCUUAUCUCCAGACACUCUAACCUCCUCAUGCCCUCCGCCACAACCCACUGAACCUCCGUUUGACCCCGUCACCUCAUCUCCUCCUGUCUGUGUGGCGCCCCGUGCUCCCUCAGGCUUCCUCAAGAGCGGGCAAAGCGCCAUGGUAACUCACAGCAAGUUUGACUCCGCGAUGAGCAGCAGCUUCUUGGACUCCUCCAACAUGCGGCUGCCUCAGCGUUACAAGACUUUCUCCUCCAAGACGCAGUACCAGAUGGUCCUGGGCACGCUCCACAAGCUGCAGGAGAGCGGCUUCUACUGGGGCCCCAUCAACGGAAAGGAGGCCAACGCCAUGCUGGCGACCGAGGCCACAGGGACGUUCCUCAUCAGGGACAGUUCGGACAACCGGCAUCUUUUCGCCCUUAGUGUUAAGACCGCAUCUGGCACUAAAAACCUUCGCAUCCAAUGUGACUCAUCCUCUUUUUACCUGCAGACAGACCCUAAGAACGUUCAGUCUGUCCCCCACUUUGACUGUGUCCUCAAGCUGGUGCAUUACUAUAUGUCUCAAAGCAAAAGCAACACACGCAGUGGGAGUAUCUACUACAUCUACUCUGGAGGGGAGAAGAUCCCUCUGGAGCUCAUCAAACCUCUCUCAUGUACUUUAUCCACUUUGCAGCAUUUGUGCAGGAAAACAGUGAAUGGACAUUUGGACAUUUCCUCCAGGAGAGACCAGCUCCCUCAUCCUCUGAAGGAGUUCCUCCAGGAGUAUGAUGCUCCUAUCUAG